AUGACUUCAAUUGCGGAGGAUAUGGAAAUAGACAACAACACAAAAAACCAGGGAAACCAAGGAAGUCUAAUACCGGAUUUAGAGGCUUUACGGCUUGCAGCAUUAUCAACACGCAAGUCACGGAAGGAAAAGGAAGAGCCGGAAGAAAAGCCUCAAAAUGCACAGGUAGACGACGAGAGAGAGGAGGGAGAGUUAAGUGAAACCGAAUCAGUGGAAGCUUGUCCACCGACUAAAAUCACUCUGCAUAAACAUGAGACUAAUGAUAAAAUCUCUUAUGAUCAGAUCACUCGAACUUUGAUGUCAGAGAUAUAUGCAUAUGGUGCCCAGCCCGCCGAUUUCCUCGAAUUUGGCAUUCCAUUAGAAAUCGUCGCUCAGUUUUCUAAAGAAUUACACAUAUCUCUUCCGCCAAACAUUGACAGCAAUGGAAUCCCUGCCUCUCAACAACUACGUCCUCAGUCGCUUCCUCCUCAACCCCCCCCUCUUCAACUAGCAACGCCAUCUAUUCCACCUCAAUCAACGGCCCUAUCUCGAUCACUAUCUGCUACACAGACGCAACCGCCAUCAACUACACGUCCAACCAUGCCACUUACUACAUUUCAGACGCAACUACCAUUUACUAUACCUCAGACGCGGCCACCUUCUACUACUCUCCGAACUCAACCAGCAUUUGCUGCGCAGAUGAUACGACCACCUGCUACUCCUCAGCUGCCGUCUAAUGCGUUUCAGACAAAGGCACAGUUUUUUACACCUCAAUCAAAACUUUCGCCUGCUCCCCCACAGAUACAACGAUCAUCUAAUAUAAUUCAGUCAAAGCCGGUAUCUGCUCCGCCUCAGCUGCCACCAUCACCUACUACCAUGCCUCAAUCAAAGCUAACAUCGGUUCCGACUCAGAUACAAUCAUCAUUUCCCAAGUCUCAGACUCAGAUACAACCACCAUCUACCACGCUUCAGCCAAAACAAUUACCUGCUCCCUCUCAGAUACAACCAUCAUCCAAUACGACUCAAACACAAAUGUCAUCCACAUCUCAGUUAAAACCAUUAUCUACUCCACCUCAAAUAAAGCCACCAUCCUCAACGCUUCAAUCGAAACCGAUAUCUGCUCAGCCUCAGACACAAUUACCAUCUACUAUUCUUCAAUCAAAGCCAUCACCUGUACCGCCACAGGUACAAUUAUCACCUACUACACUUCAGUCAAAGCCAGCAUCUGUCUCGUCUCAGGUACAAGUAACCGCGGACAAGCGACAGACAGCUGCGCCUCAGGCAGAGAUCAAAUCGGUACCUGUUUCACGCUCACCUAUCAAGAUCGAGCUUCCCGCACCAGCUAAACCAUUUCUACCAGUACAGCAUAACCAGAAAGUAGUUAUACAAUUGAGUGACGAAUCAGAUGAGGAACAUAGACUAUAUAAUUUAGCUAACAAGAGCACUAGAAGAGAAGACAAUAAUACGAAUACGUUAAUUGCAUCCAAAAUGGAUAUCCAAGGAAAGGAAACCGAUUCCAUUUCGAUUCAUACUUCCUCAAUCAAUACAUCGCCGAAAUCUGCUCCUGCUCUUCCAUCAUCAAAUGCCGACACGACGGCCGAGCUGCUUCAAACAUUUACGAGCUUCAUUGAAGUUCACAUGGAAGAGUUCCGUCGGUUGAUGAAUGAUCACCGUCAACAAAUGCAAGAAACACUCCAAGCUCAAGAAGAAGCUACAUUAAGAGCCAAAGUCCUAGCCUCACAACGACCGAGACGUUCAAACAGUAUAUCAACUGAUGGACGGUCGAGUGAUAGAAGAUCGUCUGUAGGAAUGGAACUCGAUGGAAAGUCAGACCUUUCUCCAUCAGAAGAGACUAAUAACAAUGGAAAACGGAGUCUUCCUUCGUCGUCUGACGAGUCACAUGAAGGUUAUUCCUCGAGUAAAAAACAGAAAACAACCGAAAAGACAUUAGAAAUUCUCGAAUUGCGAAAGCGACUCGAGAACGUAACACGAGAACAUUCCGAAAUUUCUGCUAAAUUUGAAGAAAUGAGACACACUAAAACACUUGGUAAAGCCAAACAUACGCGUCGAGCCGAUAAAUUGUCUUCGAAGAAUCAGCGUAAUACUAACUUUUCUUCUCCGCGUGGCGCGCUAGCUCACAAACCCAGUCGACAUUUUUCUGCAGCUAAGCGCAAUGAGAUGAAAGAUGAAGACGAUGAAGGCAGUCAUGCAGACGUGGAGAGCGUGUCAAAUGGCCGAUCAAGCGUAGAUAGUAUAAUGGAGGUUGAUAAUGACGUUGGUAAUGAAAUUGGCAACGUGAUGUCGGAUAAGGCAAUAAGUGAGAGGCCGUUGUUGGAAGAACAUGACUACCCACGUUGGAAACCUUAUGUGUCCCCUUUACGUAACUUCAAGUCUUACCGUCUAUCGACUAAUUUCAAAGAAAUUGUAGGGCUUCCCGGAUACAAACACGUUGCAUGGAAUAAUAAGAUAAACGUUCAGCUGUGCAUGUGUAAAUAUGAAUUAUUCCCACGCGGACGCGGGAGAUGUAAUGAUCGUUUCUGUAAGGCGAAUCAUUUUAGGCAUAUCAUGAUGACUGAAGAUGAAAUUAUACAAGACUUGAUCAGCAUCCCGUACGGCAACGAUGACGCAACGAAGGUGGAAUACUUGAAAGGUGUUGAGACACUUGUCUCCAACUUGAGACAUUCACACACAAAUACUUUCGAAGAUAUGAUAACCCAGAUUGUCACGUAUCGUCAAAAAUUCGCAGAAAAAUUCCGAACACGUAAUAACCAAGCCUCAAGAGGAAGUAAUGGUAAAAAGACCGUUGAAGAUGAUACCCGCGGACAUGACGCUAUCCUGCAUGAAAUAUUAGAGAGAUUGGAAAAACAGGUUGAAGGGGAGGAUAAUGAAGAAUUCGAAGGUGUCAACAAAGUGUCUCAUCAACGCCAAACGGAUAGAGGAAGAAGAUAUUUCGAAACCGGGAAAGAUGCGGACGAUACUCAAGUGUUAGAUAAUUUUUCGACAUAUAGCACUCCGGAUGUGUAUCCGGUUAUAGUUACGACAGAUGACGUUGAUAUUGAAAAUUUGGACCUGGACGACAGUAUUCCUCGCGUCGGGACUCCAAUGGAUCGUAGGCGAACUCAAGAUGAAUUAUCAUCAAUAAGCUCUUCUCCCGCAAACUCGUCAUCAGCUUCGUCGCCUCGUAUGUUUGUAACAUACGAAUCCAGCGAAUCGAGUGAUGAAGAAUAUGGAGAAAUGACGUAUUAUCGGCCAGAUCAUCCCGUUCUCGGUGAUAAUGGUUAUGAACAAGUAGACUAUCAUCCGAAUAAUACGAAUGGAUAUAAUAAUGAAAAUCGACAGCAUCUGAGUACAGAGACGGAAAGAGCUGCUAGUACCACUAGCAAUGUUGCGGAGAACGAUGACUUAGGUCAUGAAGUAAGAGACGAAGAUGCGUCAUUGAACCUUGUUGGCAAAUUUUUGAAAUGGUGGUGGAAGUAA